AUGCCCAACACCUCUCGUCAACAUCUUGCGGCAAUGGUCCCAUCGGUCGGCGCGCCAUUUGUCAUCGAGCCUCGAAGUACUCCCACUCCAGGACCAAAUGAAGUCCUAAUUGAAGUCAAAUCGGUCGCAGUCAACCCACUCGACUAUUUUCAACGUUACACUGGCUUCCAUAUUGACGUUUUCCCCGCCAUUAUUGGCUCUGAUGUAGGAGGAACAAUUAUUGAGGUGGGAUCCUCUGUCUCUCUGGAGCUCAAGCCGGGAACUCGCGUCUCUGCAUUUGCCCCAACCUUCCUCUUAAACGGCUCUCCCAAUUAUGGUGCUUUCCAAGAACGUGUACUGGUCCCAGACCAUUUUGUAACCCCGUUGCCAAAUGGACGUGUUAGCUUCAACGAGGCAAGCAUACUUCCUAUGGCUCUUUUAACCGCUUGGACCGGGAUCGUGUAUCAGCUGGGAAUCCCUACUUCUACCACUCCAUACAAGCCGUCCGACAAACAGGGUCUCUUAAUCUGGAGUGGUGCAUCGAGCGUCGGCACGAUGGCCGUAAAGGAAGAUGGUGUGACAGUACAACUAGCAUAUCACACAACUGGCGACCUCCAAGAUACGUUGAAGGUUCUGCAAAGGGUGAAGGGCAAUGGAAUCGCCAAAGUCGCAUCGGCUCCAGCGUUGACGGAGGAGUCGCCUAAAACUAACGACAUAGAAAUCGGCUUUGUCGCGCCUACAUCAUCUGGUCCAAAGUUUGAUGAAGUAAUCGAUUUCGUUUUCAGAGUUUGGCUGAAGGAAAGGCUGGAGAGGGCGGAGUUUUCACCCAGCCCCCGAGUUCAGGUGAUUGGGAAAGGCUUGGGUUCGCUACAGCUUGCCUUGGAAGAAUAG